UAACCAAACAAGGCCUUAUGUGCUUGGGGAAGAUAAAGAGUGAAAAGCGGUCAUGCUGGUAUCUCCAUAUAUUAGUUCGGUUGAUACUCAUUACGUCUUCACUACUUGAGAAAUCCAACUUUCGACGCGUUCUUCAUUGAUCAAGAUCGAUAUGGCAGAGAUUGACAAAUAUACAAGCGAUGGGACUCUCAACAUUCACUCUAAACCUGCUGAGAAGAAGAAAACUGGAAAUUGGAAAGCUUGCCGUUUCAUUCUAGGAACUGAAUGUUGCGAGAGAUUAGCUUAUUAUGGUAUGGGCACUAAUCUGGUGAACUAUCUUGAGAUUCGUCUUAAUCAGGGGAAUGUUGCAGCAGCCAAUAAUGUGACGAAUUGGUCUGGGACGUGUUAUGUAACACCUCUACUUGGAGCUUUUUUAGCAGAUGCAUAUGUUGGACGUUAUCGAAUCAUUGCCAUAUUUUCGAUGAUCUAUGUUUUGGGUAUGACAUUGUUAGCUCUCUCUUCUUCUGUCCAUGGACUAAAGCCAGAAUGUCAAGAUGGGGUUUGCAACCCAACAUCAGGACAAACCACUGUCUGCUUUAUAGCGCUCUAUUUAAUCGCUCUAGGGACCGGUGGGAUCAAGCCAUGUGUGUCUUCGUUUGGUGCAGAUCAAUUCGAUGACAAUGAUGUUGCUGAGAAGAAGAAGAAGGCUUCUUUCUUCAACUGGUUCUAUUUUUCUAUCAACGUGGGUGCACUCAUUGCUUCCACUGUUCUUGUUAAGAUUCAGAUGAGUGUCGGUUGGGGGCUCGGUUUUGGCAUUCCAGCCUUAGCCAUGGCAAUAGCGGUUGUGUUUUUCUUUGGAGGAAGUUAUUGUUAUAGGCUGCAGAAACCGGGUGGUAGUCCAUUGACGAGAAUUGGCCAAGUUAUAGUUGCGUCCUUCAGAAAUCUCAAUGUGAAUGUUCCUGAAGAUAAAUCUCUUCUUUACGAAACAGCAGAGGAAGAAUGCAGCAUUCAAGGAAGCCGGAAACUUGACCACACUGAAAAAUUGAGGUUCUUUGACAGGGCAGCUGUGGACACUGGUACAGUUGAUCAACCAAAGGGAAAAGUGAAUCCAUGGCGACUAUGUACAGUUACCCAAGUUGAAGAACUGAAAGCAGUUAUCCGCUUACUCCCAAUCUGGGCUACUGGAAUCAUCUUCUCAUGCGUGUACAGUCAAAUGAGCACCAUGUUUGUUCUUCAAGGGAACACAAUGAACCAAUCCCUAGGAAGUAUCAGGAUCCCUUCAGCCUCUCUCUCGAGCUUCGACACAAUAAGUGUCCUCAUUUGGACACCUUUAUACGACAGAAUCAUCACUCGUGUUGCAAGAAAGGUAACAGGAAGAGAACAAGGUUUCACUCAGCUCCAACGAAUGGGUAUUGGACUAGUCAUAUCAAUCUUAUCCAUGGUCGCUGCAGCUCUUCUUGAGACAGUUCGUCUCGGCUACGUUAAGAAACACAAUUACUACGAUGUGAAGGAAAUUCCAAUGUCGAUCUUUUGGCAGAUUCCUCAGUAUUUUCUUGUAGGGUGUUCUGAGGUUUUUACUUUUAUUGGGCAGCUUGAGUUUUACUAUGAUCAGGCUCCUGAUGCUAUGAGGAGUAUGUGUUCGGCUUUGUCGCUUACAACUACUGCUUUGGGGAAUUAUUUGAGUACUUUUUUGGUGACGGUUGUGACAAGAGUUACGACGAGAAAUGGGCAACUUGGGUGGAUACCUGAUAACUUGAACCGUGGUCAUCUUGAUUACUUUUAUUGGUUGUUGGUGAUUCUAAGCAUUGCUAACUUUGUUGUUUACAUUUUUAUUUCCCAAUGGUAUACAUAUAAAAAGCCGAAAGGGAUUGCUUCGAGUUGAAACUAAAGCGAGGAAAAAGAAGAAGAAGGUAGGUUUAAUAUUUCAUUGGCUAAGAUGGGUAAUUCUUAAAAUUGGAUAUGGUGUGAACCUUUUUAUUUGUUUGAUGGUUAGAAGUUGAUGUUAGCUUGUA